AUGUCGGCGAAACAAAAGCAAUCGAUGCCUCCUCCCCUCCCCCAUGACAGCAUCUACACGUCCUGCUAUUGUGAAGAAAAUGUAUACUUGCUUGCCAAAGCAUUUGCCUCGAAGGCGGAAGAGGAUGCCGAUUGGCCAUGGCAGGUGUCCGUCGUGUUCAUAUCGAACCACGGCAAGACGGUCGCCCUCUGGAACCAGAAGGCCAGGGAAGGCGUGGUAGUAUGGGACUACCACGUUAUCCUCGUUCUCCGCUCGCGCGACCACAUGCAGAGCAGCGAGCAAGAUCCGACGCAUCGCGAAGACGGAGAGCGGCGGACGGAACCGGCAGAAGAUGGCUGGGUGUACGAUUUCGACACCCGUCUUACAGUCCCUAGCAGGUGGACAGACUACGUGUCCAACACCUUCCCGUACGUGUUUAACGAGGCGUUCUCGGUGCCUCUGGAGUACCAAAGGCAAGCCUAUUUCCGAUGUUUCGUCUGGGCGAGCGCUGACUUCAAGUUGGUGUUGUACCUCCGGAAUGACAUGCACGGAUACAGUCUCUUCCGGGUCGUGCCAGCGGCGGCGUACCUCGACUACUUCGCCUCUGAUCGCUCGCAUAUGCUCAGCGAUGGAUCCGGUCCUACGCCGCACUACACAUCUGCGCCACCAUCGUACCCGACUCUUUGCGGCAUCCGAGCUCAAGAAUCAGGCAUUAUAAACAACCUGAUGGACGCCUAUGUAUCGAUGGUACUACUACACGAGCCGCCACCUCUCGAGCCGGAGAUACGACUAGCGCACAAGAUUGCAGAACCGAGAAACCCAUAUGGCGAAGUGAUGGGUAUGCCUGACUUUCUGCGCUGGUUGGCCGGAGAGACGGGCGGGGAUGCGUAG